AAUAAUAAUAAUAAUAAUAAUAAUUGUGUGAUUAAGCCUCAUUCUCAUCAAGCAUCGUUUAUCUCCAAACUGCCUUCAGUUAUUAUUGCCUUUCUUGGCAUUUAUCUAUUUCUUCAUGGGUUCUUAUUGAAUCGAUCUGAACUUUAUGACGUAGCAAUUGAACAACCGAGAUUAUCUAGUUCCCCUUUAAUCUCCACUUUACAAAAACAACAACAAGAAAAUCGAAUUAUCAUAUUACUAGUUGAUGCAUUGACGUAUGAAUUCUUUCACAAGAAUGAUAGUAAUAUCAUACAUAAAUAUCUAUCAACACACUUUGAAAAACUUUAUCGUUCCCUAUUUGACAAUCUGUCUAAAGCUUAUUUUAUCGGGAAGUUUAUAGCUGAUCCACCGACUACAACACUGCAACGUUUAAAAGCUUUAAUGACAGGCAGUAUGCCAACAUUUGUUGAUGCUGGGAGAAAUUUUGGCGGAAGUAAAGUAAUGGAGGAUAAUCUAUUGAAACAGUGGAGUAGAGCUGGAAAACGAAUCCUGUUUGUUGGUGAUAAAACGUGGAUUGAAUUGUUUCCUGACUGUUUCAGUCAUUAUAAAGCUUUUCCAUCAUUCAAUGUCAAAGAUUUGGAUACAGUUGAUCUUGGCGUUAAAGAUUAUAUUCUUCAGGCAUUUGAUCGUAAUAGCAGUACUAAUUGGACAGGGUCUACUGCUAUGAAUAACACUGGGGAACAAAUACCAUUAAACUGGGAUAUUCUUAUCGGUCAUAUGUUGGGCAUAGAUCAUUGUGGACACACAUAUGGACCUGUACAUCCGGAGAUGAUGAGGAAACUGGAUGAAUUGAACAAUUUUAUAAGUGACAUUAUUUCUAAACUUCAACCAACAGAUAUACUAUUUAUAAUGGGUGAUCAUGGAAUGACUUUAUCAGGUGAUCAUGGUGGAGAUAGUUAUAGUGAAUUAGAAGCAACUCUUAUUGUUUAUACUAGUGAAUAUCAUAUUUCUUUAAGUGGUAAAGAUAGUCUGAAGAGGUCAACAGGUCAACAACAAUUAUCUCAAAUCGAUCUUGUGCCUACAUUAUCAUUUUUCACUGGUGUUCCAAUACCAUAUUCAAAUUUAGGCAUAUUAUCUAGUGAUUUAUUAAAUGGAUAUAUCAAUCUUCACAAUGGACUUGUAUUAAAUUUCAUUCAGAUGUUUACAUACACUGCCAAUUAUUACUACAAUAUAAGUGAAUUACCAUUAUCUUCAAAACUAUUUAUGUAUAUGAAUAAAUUAUUAUUAGAGAAUAGAAAUUUUCGUUGGAUUGAAGAAAUGAAUUAUGAACAAUUAUUGACUAGUCUUAAAGAAUUACAAUCAAUAUUUCGCAAUCAUUGGACUCAAUUCAAUGAAAUAAGCAUGUUAUUCGGUGUUAUUCUUAUCACAUAUAGUUUAAUCCUACUUUUAUUAUGUAUUGAAUAUAUUCAUCAAUGUAGACAUUCUUUGUACACAUGUAAUCUAUCAUUAUGUGGAGCUUCUAUCUUAUCAUUAAUUUGUAUACACUUACAUAAUUCUUAUUGUUUAGUAUAUAUUUUUAUUAUUGUCUUGGUAUUAUUACCAAUAUUCUUCAUAUUUAUACAGUAUAUAUAUAAUCUGAUUUCUUUAUUUACAUUGAAUAGUGGUACAUCAAUAGGCUUCAUGUUAAUAUUCUUAUUAUCUUUAAGUUAUUUUUCAAAUAGUCUACUUAUUCAUGAAUUUCAUAUCACAUUUUACUUUAUUCAGAGCUUUCUUAUUACUCAUCUUAUUUACACCUUUGUUUAUACUUAUAGUUUUCAUGGUAAUGAUUAUACUACUCAUGAUCGUAGUAGUAGUAUUGUGAAGUACAUCCGAAAAAUCAUUUCCUUUCUUCAUCAUCUUUCAACUUCAUCAUCUAUUGUGUUUAUUUCACUUCUUUUGAUAGUAUUUCGUUUGUUUAUCUGGCACUUAUUGAUUUGUCGUGAAGAAUUGAUGCUUACUUCUUCGAUAUGUCGGUCUACGCUUGAUCCAUGGAUCAGUAAAUCAUUGAGUAGAUUGAAUCCUAUGAACGAAUUUUAUCCAAUCGGUGUAUUACGUGUUUAUUUUACUAUUUGUAUAUUAAUCUUUUGUCUAUACAAUAUUUACUGGUUAGAGUUAAAGAUUAGGGAUCGAAGUGAAUUGAUGGAUAUUUGUAGGCUAAACAAUCCAUUCUGGUUAUUUACUCUAAUUGGCGGUUGUCUCGCCUUGUUGUGGCUAGUGGAUUCUGCUAAGUCAGUCAACUGGAUUGGAUUUAUACCAACUAAUCGAUUACAUACAGUAAGAAUUUGGAUUGCACGUAUCCUCUUGAUAACUAUCUCGUGUACAUUUAUUCAACUGAUGAAAUCACCCUUCAAAUUAAUCCAUCUCACAGCAUAUACACAAUUCAAUGAAUCCAUUCAAAGACAAAUACGACGAAACAAAAGUAUACUUCAUCUAUAUACAGUGCUAGCCGUAACUUGUCUGACAGUUCUACCAUUACUUUCUCUCUUAGUCUUCAUUAAUGAAUUUCAUAUCAUUUGGUUAGCUCUAAUCACAUCUGUUCACCUGUUACUAUCGCCAUUGAAACAUUCAAUAACUGAUAUAACGACAGAAUAUAAAGACCAAAAUAGUGAAGACUCAAUGUUACUAUUCUAUGUGCCGAAAGAAACUAUCUCAUGGAAGUUUGCAGUAUUUUUAUGCUUACUAGACAAUUUAUCAUUUUUUUUGACUGGACAUCAGACAACAUUAUCAAGUAUUCCAUGGGAUGCUGCUUAUGCUGUCUAUGAAGGUGAUCAUAAUACACAUUGGCUACCAACAAUCACAGUCUUAUUACAUUUAUACUCUGGUCCAAUAAUAAUUGCUUUCAGUUUACCAGUCAUCAUUAUCAUUGGUUUACAAGUGAAGCGAACUCAAAGAUCAGAGACCUAUUCAAAUGUCAAUGGGUGUCAAAUGACUGUUUAUUAUCGAUUUAUUGAUGCAUUGAGUUUAUUAAUGUGGCGAUUUUUUAUUUGUAAAUGUUUACUGACUUUAGGUUGUCUACUCAGCACUGGUAUACUACGUCGUCAUCUUAUGGUCUGGAAGAUAUUUGCACCACGUUUAACAUUUUCUAUUAUAAGUUUACUUGUAUCAAGUAUUUGUCUACCAGUGACUCGUUUCAUGGUUGUUCAUUGCUUACACAAAAAAAUGUGUCAAAUUUUACAUGUUAGUGACCUUUAAGGUAUGUGUGUUUAUAUCUCCCUUCUAACAUCCCCGAAUUUUUGUUGUAGUGCCUUAUUUUCAAACUUACCCCUGGAUAACAUAUAUACUUCGUCCAGGUAUAAUAUAUAUAUGUAUA